AUGUUUCAACAAUCUACAGAUGCUUUAAAAAAGUUUUCUAAACGCCUUCAUGCAAUCAAUACCCGUUUCUCAGCGGAUGAUGUUACAUCUCUUGCAAUUUUUGUCGACAUGGUUAAGAGUCAUUCUCCAGAUGAUCUCAUCGAGUUUAUUCACGAGCCAGAUCGUAUGAUUUUCUAUUACGACCCAUUCGAAGCAAAUGCUUUUUCACAUCAAAUACAAACUUAUCACAUUGAUUCCACUUAUAAGCUCUUGCGCUCUCGCAUACCAUUUUAUGGCGUCACUGGCAAAUUCGCGGAAUCAAUUGUUUUUCCGUUUUUGUAUUUUUUCGUUUGGCCCGACACAAGUGAAAAUAUACAAGUUUGUCUCACAGCAUAUUUUGGCUCCAUCAAUCGCGAACCAUCUUAUUUUUCAAUGGACUGCGCACCUCAAAUCACAAAUGCUGUUGAAACAGCCAUCCCCUUAUGCCAGAUCAUUUGGUGUGGCAUUCAUGUGUUGCGCGCUGUCAUGAGAAAGGCUGAAAAGUUUCAAGAUCGUUCCAACUUCGAAACUUUCUAUAACUUAAUGAAGUUAUUGGUCUUUGGUUCUGAAGAGGAAGAAAUUGAUCCUGAUGAAGUUUACAACAAUUUAGAAGAAAUUUUAAAUGAGGAACCUGCUGCCCGUGAAUACUUUGACCGACAGUGGCGCCAUCAUCUUGACAGGUGGAUGCUUCGCUAUAGAAAUGAAGGAGAUGGAACAAACAACAUCUCGGAAUCACAUUUCAAGGUUUUGAAGCACCAGUAG